CCGACCUGCGCUGCAUAGAUGCUCAGACUGCCGGAUAAAAAACAAAAGCAAGAACAGAAAAGGUCUAAUAUCCAAUGAUGGACGGGUUUACAGGGGACAUGCUGAGCGGUGGCCGGGCUCUGCUUGGGGAAGACAGCUCAGUGAUGGCUCGCAUGCAGAAGAAGUUCUGGAAGACCAAGCAGGUCCUCAUCAAAGCCACGGGCAAGAAGGAGGACGAGUAUGUGGUAGCUUCAGACGCUGACCUGGACGCCAAGCUCGAGUUCUUCCGCUCUGUACAGUGCACCUGCACAGAGCUGCUGAAGGUGAUCGAGAAGUACCAGCACAGGAUUACACGUUUGUCCCAAGAGGAGAACGAGCUCGGCCUGUUCCUGCGAUUCCAAGCCGAACACGAUCGCACCAAGGCCGGAAACAUGAUGGACGCCACCAGCAAGGCCUUGUGCACCUCCGCCAAGCAGAGGAUGGCACUUUGCCCACCUCUGCACCGCUUGCACCAGGAAGUGGAGACGUUCCGGCGGCGCGCCAUUGCCGACACACUCCUAACAGUCAGCCGUAUGGAGAAGGCCCGCACCGAGUACAGAGGAGCCCUGCUCUGGAUGAAAGACGUCUCCCAAGAACUGGACCCAGACACCUACAAACAGCUGGAGAAGUUCCGCAAGGUCCAAGCCCAGGUCAGAGGGACAAAGGGCCAGUUUGAGAAGCUAAAGAAUGAUGUGUGUCAGAAGGUUGACAUGCUGGGAGCGAGCCGCUGCAACAUGCUCUCACACUCCCUCUGUACUUAUCAGACCACUCUGCUGCAGUUCUGGGAGAAGACAGCUCACGCCAUGUCGGGUAUCCACAUGACCUUCCAAGGACACAUAUCAUACCAGUUCACCACACUCAAGGACCUGAGAGACCCACUGGAGCAAAUAUCAGACACACAGAACGACGAGGACAAGAAGGAGAAUGCUCUACAGAAUAACACAGACAGUCUGGUGUCCUUGGAUGACGACAAGCCAUCAGGAAGUGCCUCUGACACAGACCCUGCCCUCAGCAGUGACAGACAGAGCCAAUCAGGUAACACAGCGGCCCAAAACACUACCGCGCCUACCGCAGCCCACCACGAUCUCAGUGGACUGUCAUUGGCCUCUGACGACGACCUGAUGCUCAUGGCUUGUGAUCUGCCACAGCCUCAGCUCCCAGCCCCUACAAACGCCCCCCUUCAACCCCAGCUCCUGCCUGCUCCCUAUGCUGGAGGACAGAAUGAGCCCUGGGGCUUUGGAGGCCCCCAGUCCAGCCUCACACAACUGCCUGCUACUGGUGGGGAUCUGCUGCACCCCGCUGUGUCAGGGCUGAGACCAGAAGAGGAAGACGGUGAACGGAGCGACAUGGCUUUUCUCAAAGACCUCCUCAGCCCUGGUCCGGGGUCCGCUGAUGAGUUCAGCAGAGAGUGGCAGGAUGCUUUCGGGCUGUUGGACGCCCCCAGCGUUCCUCCUGCAGGAACUGGGGCAGCGAGCACCAGCGUCCCGGACCCGGCAGCUCGCCCGUCCUCCAACCCUCCCAGCCCCACUGGCUUCCUGCCCUCCCAGCUUCUGGACCACAGUCUGAGCUCCACAGGCUGGUCAACCCCACCUAUGUUCCAAGCUCCGCCCCUGCAGCCUCCUGCUAGUCAGAGCCAAUCAGCACAGCCACCUCCAAGUUCAGCAGCUAAUGCUGCUGCAGGUGGAUCCAAAGACAUGUCUGCCUGGUUCAACCUAUUUGCAGACUUGGACCCCCUUUCCAACCCUGACGCCAUUGGACGCUCCGCAGAUGAACUUCUCAACGCUUGAAGCUGUAUAUGUGCGUGUGUGUGUGUGUACCACUGUAUGAUUUCUCUCAAACAAUCUGGAUUCCUGCAACUUUUCUUUCUAAUA